CGAUCACCACUCCGAGCGCGUCGUGAGGAGUGGUAAUCGCACGUGUCGCGCGUAGGACGCGAGGAACCCAGAGCUCGGGUCGCGAUGCCGUCGCCCUCCUCCCAGCGACCUUUGGCGGACAUAGAUUUCUCGAACCUCAAGGUGGAGUACACGUCGAAACCGCGCGAGAAGUGCCCGGACGAGCAGCUCGGCUUCGGGAAGGAGAUCACGGAUCACAUGCUGCAGAUCAAGUGGCGCGCGGGUAAAGGAUGGGGGAUGCCGAAGAUCGUCGCGGCGACGAGCGUUAGCCUUCAUCCGUUCUCGCACGUCUUCCACUACGCGAUAGAGUGCUACGAAGGCAUGAAGGCGUACGUGGAUCGCGAAGGGAACACGCGGCUGUUCCGGCCGGAGAUGAACAUGAAGCGGUUCAACGAGUCGUCCUCGCGGCUGUGCCUGCCGAACUUCAACGGCGAACAGCUCCUGGAGUGCAUCAAAGAGCUCCUGCGCGUGGACAAAGAAUGGAUCCCAAAGCGACGCGGGUACUCGAUGUACCUCCGGCCGGUCAUCUUCUCCACGACGCCGUGGCUCGGGUUGACGCAGUGCUCGGAGGCGAUGAUCCUGGUGUUGAUGUCCCCGGUCGGGCCGUACUUCAAGUCCGGGUUCGUCCCGAUCAAGUUGAGCGUCGACGGGAAGUACAUACGCGCCUGGCCGGGGGGGACGGGGAACAUCAAAUACGGAGGGAACUACGGCAGCACGGUGAUCUCGCAGAGAGAAGCCUCGCAAGGCGGGGCGUCGCAGAGUCUGUACGUGUACGACGUCGAGGAGUACGUCACCGAGGCGGGGACGAUGAACAUCUUCUUCCUGUGGACGAACACCGAGGGGGUGAAGGAACUCGUCACCCCGACGCUCGACGACGGUACGAUCUUACCCGGGGUCACGAGGCAGUCCGUGAUCGAUCUCGCGAAGGAGUGGGGGGAGUUCGGCGUCGUCGAGCGGAUGCUGCCGUUCCGCGAGGUCGCCGCGGCGUUCGAGAGAGGGGAGGUGUACGAGAUAUUCGGCACCGGCACGGCGGCGGUGAUUCAGCCGAUCGGCUCGAUCGCCUACCGCGAGAAAGUUUACGAGGUACCGAAAGAGGCGUUCACCCCGGGUUCUUUUCAGCUGAGGUUGACGAACGAGCUGUACGGUAUCCAGUACGGGGAGAUCCCGCACCCUUGGUCGAUCGAGGUGUGAGAGGGGACUAUUAUUUGCGGCUGAAACAUAGCCGUCUGUCUUACGGACAAAGCGUUAAAAUAUUGAUACGCAUCACUUUAUAACG